AUGUUUUUGGAUUUUAUAAUAGAUUUUCCAGAAAUUCGUGGUUUCUCAAGAUUUCGUCACGACUAUUUGGCAAACUAUUCGUUUCCUAUAGUAGACCAAUUUCGAAGAGAUGGAGGUGUGGCUAGUAAUGGAAUGAAAGCGACAUUCACCACUAUGACAUUUCCAAAUCAUAUUUCAAUUGCAACAGGAAUGUAUCAGGAUAAUCAUGGGGUCGUUCACAAUACAUUUUAUGAUCGGUCACUUAAUAAAACAUUUGGUAUGUCUAUUAGAGAUGAUACACAUUGGAAUUAUACGGUAGAACCCAUUUGGAUAACAGCUACGAAACAGGGUGUAAAAUCAGCUGUUUUAUUCUGGCCAGCAGCAGACAGCAAAUUCAAUGGAACACUACCGCUUAUCUACAGUUGGGUUUAUAGCGAUAAUAUUCAAUUUCGCGACAAAAUUAAUAAUGCGUUAUCAUAUUUUCGUGAAAUUCCCAUGCUGGAUCUUGUGAUGCUGUAUCAUCCUGAACCAGACAAGCAGGGACACACAUACGGUACUGAUUCAAAAGAAGUACAAGACGCAUUGACUCGUUUAGAUGGUGAUCUCCAAUAUUUAUUGGAUAAAGUCAAAGAAGAUCUGAACGAUGAUUUGAAUAUCAUUCUUCUGUCUGAUCAUGGCAUGGUGAAUGUUAAGAAAGUGAUAAGACCAUUUUUUGAAAAGUAUAUCGAUAGAUCAAUGAUUGAUAGUCAAUUUUUAACGGGUGGAGUGUUUAACGUUAAUCCGAAGCCGAACAGAGAUACCCAGAACAGUUCUUAUCCAAAUCGUGGCGCUCAUGGGUGGGAUAAUGAGUUUCCAUCAAUGAAAGCAAUAUUCAUGGCAAAAGGUCCCUAUUUUAAAAAAGGUUUCACACUCGAAACUCUGAAUAAUGUCGAUAUUUAUCAAAUGGCAUGUGAAAUUUUAAAUUUGAUACCAAACAAAUAUGCCACUGAUGGUUCAUUGGAUAAUAUCACAAACAUUUUUAACGUGUCAGGAAUAACAACAACAACACCAACAACAACACCAACAACAACAACAAUAACAACAAUAACAAACAAUGGAAUAUCUACGCACUUUUCAUUUCGUAAUCUGUUCUUGUUAAUGGUUUUAUUUUAUAUAUGUCGUCUAAAACUUUGA